GGCCCUCAGCUGAGGGGAGUCCUACCCUGCAGGACUUAUAUAGCAGUGCUGAAAUCUGACUUAUUUUAGUGGCAUUUUUCUGUGCUGUUUCCAUGCUGCUUUGGUAUUCUAAGCAGUCCCCCAGAUCUAUGCAGUACUCUAAACACAGUAAUGAUGGGACCUUGCACAUAUGGGGUGUGACUGGCAGGAUGACUCCUCGCUCCUUCAGGCUUUGCUGGCAUCAAAGCAGAGCAGAAGCUGCUAUUUCAGACAACCAAAAUAAUCGUGGCCCAAGGCGUGCAAAAGCAUUGGAUGUUUUACUCUCAUUCCUGGCCUUGGAUACCUGAACAUGCACACCAUUCCUAGUGUUAAUUUUUACAACCUGACAAGGCUCAGACCCAGCUGCCACCCUCCAGGUAUGGCUUUGAGCUAAAAACCCUGUACUUUUUACCUCCAAGUGCAAUACUGGCCCUGCAACAGUCAGCUCUCCUCCUUACACAGCUGCUGCUCCACCUGUAAAUGCUCAAAGAAAAUCAAUUAACAGCCCUACUAUUUCUUAUUAGCUUAAGUUCUCUGUAGGUAGCCAGGAUUACUUUUUCUUCCUUACACAAUCAAUCUCUCCUCUCCUUUAGGGAACAAAGCAACAGCAAACAAGACACAUUGCAUAGGAAGCUCUCCUGGAGCCCAGCACGUAAAACAGGGGCCUUGCUCUGCCCUGUUAAUGAGGUUGAUUUACCACGUGUGAGCACCCACAGCUUCCUCAACUACCCUCAGAGCUCACAACCCCCUUCUGCUAAAAAAGAGGUCACAUGCUCACCAAACUCCCUACAGAUCCUACUGCACUUUCCCAGAAGGAAGAAAUCCAAAGGCUGCUGCAGGUAACCGGAGGGAAGUGGGGCUCAUUGGCUUACGGAAAAGCCUCACAGGUGUCUCACCCGGUGAGAACUUCAGGAACCACAGAGCUCUCUCACCAUCCCCCCAUCACCCAGCGGCACUAGCUCCGCUCCGCACACCGCUGCCCCAAAGCGCCGCACCAGGAGCCAGCACAGCCACAGCAACGCCCACAGAGAUCCUCCGGGGUUGGUGCUGCCCCGGGGACACACAGCCCCAAACAGCCACAGAGCACCGCGGACUGAGCCCGAGCCACUGGCGCUCAGCAGCCGUAUGGCGGAACCACCACCCAUCCGGAAGCGGCGCUCUGCUACUUCACUUCCGCUCUGUUCCGCCAUUUCCGCCCCGCGCGCUCUGACGUCACGCAGCCCCACCUCCAAUCAGCGCGAGGCGCUUCCAACUCAAAUCUUCUCCUGGGCGCUGCGCGCGCUCUGUGAGAGGCACAGGGCGGGACGGGGCGGGGACGGGCCGCCACCACAGCGGGACCGGGAGCCCGGGGCGCGAGGGGACAGCCCGCAGCGGAACAGCCCGCAGCCCCGCGCCGCGAUGAUCGCCACGCCCCGCCGUGGGGAGAUGCCGUUCCAGGCGGUGUUCCUCAGCUCCAUCCCCGCGGGCACGCUCACCCCGCUGAAGGACCUGCGCUGUCGGGGUAACUCCGCGCUCUGCCCGCCCGCCCGCCCGGCGCCGGGCCCCGUGCUGCAGUCCACGCUGCUGGAGGGCGGCGCGGGCGCGCGGGAGCCGCUGGAGAUCAGCGAGAUCCGCCCCGGGCCCGGACCGCCACCGCCGAAGCGCCGCGCGCGCGAGCCGCCCGCCCAGCAGUCCCCCGCCGCGGCCUUCCUGAGGAUGAAGAUGAAGACCAGGGCCGGCGGCGGCAGCGACCGCAUCCUGACGCCCGGCGGGCCCGGGCCGCGCGUUGCGGGCGGGGGACAGCGCAGGGCCGCGGAGCCGCCCAGGAGAGAAUUACCGUGCAUUCGGAUUCCUCAGAACCAGGCUGUGAAAAUGUUAAACGUAGACCCCAUUGUAUUGGAAUCUCCUCAGAAGUUCUUCUUGCGCGUAAAGCAGAAAUUGCAGCAGAAGCAGCAGCAAAAAGAUCCAACAUUUUCAAGCCCAAACAAGCAGAACAUUCGUCCUCCCCCAGCUGCAGAAAAGCCCGUAGUCAAAUCUGCUUUUGGUGAGCUGCUCCCAAAUGCUCAGACAGAGCAUGUGGCCACCAAUAAGGACAAUGAGGAUAAUUUCCUUGUGGAAUCGAUGGAUGCUGAUGAUGAAAUGUCUCUAAAUACAGUAACUAGUACUGUGGGUUUCCAUUCUACCCCUCCUGACCCUGGGGAUCAGUUAGAAAGAAGAUGUGGAAAUAGAGAAGCAAAGCGUACUGAACUUCAACAGGAGAAACGGCGGUUGCAGCCAGGCGAUCAGCGAGCUGAGCACAGAGCAGAAAAGAUAUUGGAGACUGCAACUCAAAAACCCUCACAGCACUUCUGUAAUGUUGUGCUCUCUACUCCUGAAGCCUGCAUGCCAAGGAAGGAGAAGCAGAAAGAAAACUGUAAUGGCCCGUUGGAUAAACCUCAGGCAGAUCAGAUCGCUGUCGCUGCUGAGAAAGAGAAAAGAAUCUGCCUUUCUAGCUGGCGCAUUAAAGUGAUGAAUGGUAACACUGCAAUAUGUGUUGAAGGAAAACGAAAAGAUAUGAAGGAUAUGUUAUGGCAUAGUAAUGCAGUUGUAGAACGUGUAGCACACAACCAAGUUAAAACAUCAUCUGGCAAUAUCUACUUGCUACAGGGAAAUAUAGAUUCUGUUUCAAUGAGAAAAGAAGGAUUUUCCUAUCAGUUCACAAAAAGAUUUACAUCUGGGUUUUCCAAAAGGUGGAAGGAAUAUGUUGAGGAGUUCCUCAGGGGAUUAAGAAGGAAAGAGCGCAAAAAAAAGAUGGGUGAGGAUGAAAAUGAAGAGAGAGAUUCAGUGGUGGAUACAGAUAAGGUGCAAAGUGCAGAAGACUCAGCAAGAAAUGUAAGGAAACGUGAAACAAGGAACACUACGUAUGAAGUGUUAUCAAGGAAAGAUGAACACACUUAUCAAACACCAAAACACAAACCCAUACUGAACAGCUCCAAUGGGAUCUACACUCGUAGCGGCCGUCUGGUCAAACCACCGCUCAGCUUCUGGUGUGGGGAGCGUGAGUUUGUGGAUCGGGAGCUAAAUGUUACUAUACAGAAAGGUGGGACAGAUUAUCUGAGCAUGAUGUAUAGUACUGAAAACCCCAAAAGAAAGACCAGUUCACUCUCUAAGCUGAAGGAAAGAAAGGAUUCAACAAAGACAGUGGAAGAAAAAACAAAAGGCCAAGAUAAAGGGAACAGUGAAGAAAAAAGAAUAAAAACUAAAAACAAAGCCACGUCCACUGGAAGCAGAGAGGCCAGGUGCUUUAUUUCAGAUGAUGAAAAUGACCAUGCAAGUGAUAUUAAUAAAAUCAAAGUGUGGCUUUCCAAUAAGGAGACUCACUUAAAUACUGGAGAUAGAAACAAGCGUGACUAUAAUAGCAGAAACAUGGGAACAAGAAAAGAAAAGACGGGAAAAGAAUAUGGAGAAAUGGCUACAGGUCAGAACAUGUAUUCCUUAAGGUCAGCCAAAAAGCCUUUUCAAGGUAAGCCUUUAACAGAGGAAUUCUCAAGCAAAGAUGGGGAAGAGGAAUCCAGUGACUAUAUCCAAUUGACUGUCAAAAGGAAAAAUAAACCUUUUUUGCCAAAAGAGAUUCAAAACUCUGAAUCUUCGUCUACCUGUGAAAGGCUGCAGGGCAGCACAAGCGAGGUGUCAAGUGGACUCCAGGCAGACACACGCUGCACUGCUGCCUCCCAUACUAUGCAGCUGAGGCAAAGGAUACCUGCCUUCAUCGAGAGUUCGGAUUCCUCUGAAGGAGAAACCUCUUCUGGUGAGGAAUAUCACGCAAAGGAGAAGAGAUCAGAAGUAUCCAAUAAAAAAGCAAAGAGGGAUGUUUGUAAUACUACCAAGCCUUCAACAGGAAAACCAAGUGAAUCCAAGGGGGAUAAGGUGCACAAAACUCUCGAUUUUUUUUCAAAGGCAGCUGAUGAUUGGUCUCAAAAGGAACUGCAGAAGCUGCACAGGGCAGUCGCUUCGUUUCCAAAGCACAAGAAUGGUUUCUGGGUGGAUGUAGCGAUGGCUGUUGGAUCUCGUUCUGCUGAGGAUUGCCAUUGGAAAUACACAGAAGAACAGGCAAAAGCUUCCAAAAGACCUGCUGUAAAAAAAACCACGUCAGGAAAGCCAGAACAGAAAGAUAAGGCAGAGCCAGUCGCGAUAACUGCCAAAGUGGGAACCUUCAAAAGAAAGCAGCAGAUGAGAGAUUUCCUGGACAAUUUACCAAAGGAUGACCACGAUGAUGUUUUCACUGCUACACCCUUUCAAAACAGGAGAGUGAGGUUGCCAACAUUCCUGGGAAGCCAUGAUGAGGAGGAGGAUGAUGAUGAUGACUUUGCACUUACAAACAACCCAAUCACACCUUCCUCAGCUGUCUUCCCUCUGGCGAAAACCCCUCAGUGUGAGCACAUCAGCCCUGGCAUGCUGGGACCUAUCAACAGGAAGGACUGCGACAGACACGUGUUCAGGAUGCAGAAAACUCAGGGCUGCAGGAGCAGCUGGGACAACGUGAAGAAGCAGCAGGCUGCUGCUCUGCACGGCACGCCAGCUUCGAGCAGAACCAAGUCCACCUUUGGUAAAAAAGUGCAGCAGAACCCUGCUGUAGGGAAGCUCUUUGUGGCUGAGGCAGCAGAUACAUCAGAGGAAGAACAGGAAGAUUCCUAUUUUUCUGUUUGAACUUCUGGAGGUUUUAUUCAGUCUUUAUGAACUUGUAUAAAAAAAAAAAGAAGCCCAAAGGAGGGGCUUCAGCCACCUCUCUGUUGUGCUUCUGCUUGAAGCUCAUUUUGGCUGACCUGACCAGCAGUGGGGCUGUGGUUGCAGUACGUUGCCAGUUGGGUGCUGUUCAGCACUGAGGAUGGCUUCUCCUCCUGUGUACAAAGUGGAACUUCCUUGCCCAGGUUCCUCCCUUCCUUUGUCCCAUUUCUCCUGCUGAAGGGAGAAAUGUACUCCCAUAGAUUGGUUCACUCUUAAGAUAAAAUCUAGAAAUAUUGCUGUACAGUACAUUUUUAGUAACAGUUUGUAAUGAAUUGAAAGUGUUUUAUAUUUCGCUGAGAAUUUUCUUUAACGUGAAUGUAGCGGCACUUUUAUGAGCUCUUGAGAAGCAGCUGUCUGAAAUUGGUAGGGACUGUUACGUAAGCACUCACUUUUCUUUUAAAAUACUGAUUCCUGCCCCCUGUCAGCAAUGCUCAGUACUUUUAGUGUAGUGCAGAAGAAUAAAGCUUUGAGCAUCUCUUUUCUCUGAAUGGGAGGUAACAGGAAAAAAGUAAUUUGUAGUUCUUCAGCUCAGGAACUUCAGUGCAGGCUGUCACCCUCUGGGCCCCGUGCUUGGGCUGCUGGGUGCACCUUUUUGCCUCCUUACUGCCAAAGCCUUCAUGUGCUCUGAAAUAAACCUGCAGGACUUUCA